CUUCUUGUCUUUAGGGAGGAAUAGAGGGAAGUGCCACAUGACUCUGUUCAGGGUCCUGUGCUGUGGAACACUUUUAUAAAUGUUUAGAGGAAAGAACAGAAGGGAUGCUUAUCAAAUCUACAGAUGAGACAAGCUAAGGUGCAGGGAUGUGCACGAACUUAUCCGGGGGCCCUUUUACGGACCUCCAAACAAGUUCGAAUACUGGCCAGUUCGAAUGUUCGGCAGUGGGGGUGGGGUAAGACUAAGGAUGAGGGAAGGUGAACUUACCCCUCCCCCACCACCCCAUGCUGUUAUUCAGCUGUUACAUAGAGCUCUGGGCACACAGACAAAUGGCCUGGACUUUCAGAAACAGACUGUGCCUGCCGCAGGGGCAAUCUCUACAGCCCAGGCCUUCCUUGGACACCUUCAUCAGGUUCAGCUCCCUGGAUCAAGUUUACAGGCUGCUGCCCAGUCCUUAAAUGUACAGUCUAAAUCUAAUGAAGAAUCUGGGGACAGUCAGCAGCCAAGCCAGCCUUCCCAACAGCCUUCAGUACAGGCGGCCAUACCCCAGACCCAGCUCAUGCUGGCCGGAGGACAGAUCACUGGGCUUACAUUGACACCCGCCCAGCAGCAAUUAUUGCUACAACAGGCACAGGCACAGUUGCUGGCAGCUGCAGUGCAGCAUUCAGCCAGUCAGCAGCACAAUGCUGCAGGCGCCACCAUCUCUGCUUCUGCUGCAACGCCCAUGACACAGAUCCCUCUCUCUCAACCGAUACAAAUUGCACAGGAUUUGCAGCACCUGCAGCAGCUCCAACAACAAAAUCUCAACCUGCAACAGUUUGUGUUGGUGCAUCCAACCACCAACUUGCAACCAGCACAGUUCAUCAUCUCACAAACGCCGCAGGGGCAGCAGGGUCUCCUGCAAGCGCAGAAUCUCUUAACGCAACUACCUCAGCAAAGCCAAGCCAACCUCCUGCAGUCUCAGCCAAGCAUUACUUUCACCUCUCAGCAGCCAGCAACCCCAACGCGCACAAUAGCAGCUACCCCUAUUCAGCCACUUCCACAGAGCCAGUCAACACCAAAGCGAAUUGAUACCCCCAGCUUGGAGGAGCCCAGUGAUCUUGAGGAGCUUGAGCAAUUUGCCAAGACUUUCAAACAAAGACGGAUCAAACUUGGAUUCACUCAGGGUGAUGUUGGGCUCGCUAUGGGUAAACUAUAUGGAAAUGACUUUAGUCAAACUACUAUAUCUCGCUUUGAAGCCUUGAACCUCAGCUUUAAGAACAUGUGCAAGUUAAAACCACUUCUGGAAAAGUGGCUCAAUGAUGCAGAAAACCUCUCAUCUGAUUCAGCUCUCUCCAGCCCAAGUGCCCUGAAUUCCCCAGGGCUGGGGAUUGAGGGCUUGAACCGUAGGAGAAAGAAACGCACCAGCAUAGAGACCAACAUACGUGUGGCCUUAGAGAAGAGUUUCCUGGAGAACCAAAAGCCUACCUCGGAAGAGAUCACCAUGAUAGCUGACCAGCUGAACAUGGAGAAAGAGGUGAUCCGCGUUUGGUUCUGUAACCGGCGCCAGAAGGAAAAAAGAAUCAACCCACCCAGUAGUGGUGGAACCAGCAGCUCACCCAUCAAAGCAAUUUUUCCUUGUCCAACUUCAUUGGUGGCAACCACACCAAGCCUUGUGACAAGCAGUGCAGCUACUACCCUAACUGUCAAUCCUGUGAUCCCUCUAACCAGUGCUGCUGUAACUAGUUUGUCAGUCACAGGCACCACAGAAACCAUCCCCAACAACACAGCGACUGUGAUUUCUACAGCACCUCCAGCUUCCUCCUCCGCAGUGACAUCGCCCUCUUUGAGUCCCUCUCCUUCUGCCUCUGCUUCCACUUCUGAGGCAUCCGGUGCCAGUGAGACCAGCACAACACAGACAACCUCCACCCCCAUCUCCUCAGCGCUUGGGACCAGCCAAGUGAUGGUAACUGCUUCUGGUCUGCAAACUGCAGCAGCAGCUGCACUACAAGGAGCUGCACAGUUGCCUGCAAAUGCUAGUCUUGCUGCCAUGGCAGCUGCCGCGGGGCUAAAUCCAGGCUUGAUGGCAUCCUCACAGUUUGCAGCUGGAGGUGCCUUACUCAGUCUCAAUCCAGGGACGCUAGGCAGUGCUCUCAGCCCUGCUCUGAUGAGUAACAGUACACUGGCAACUAUUCAAGCUCUUGCAUCUAGUGGCUCUCUUCCAAUAACAUCACUGGAUGCAACUGGGAACUUGGUAUUUGCCAAUGCUGGAGGUACACCCAACAUCGUAACUGCUCCACUGUUCCUGAACCCUCAGAACCUUUCACUGCUCACCAGCAACCCAGUUAGCUUGGUCUCUGCAGCUGCAGCCUCCGCAGGGGCCUCUGGACCAGUCGCCAGCCUUCACGCCACCUCCACCUCAGCAGAGUCUAUCCAGAACUCUCUCUUCACAGUGGCCUCGGCCAGCGGGGCUGCCGCCUCCACCACCACUACUGCCUCCAAGGCACAGUGAGUUGGAUUGAGCUAUGCUGCCCUAAGCCUGUUUCACUCUGCAGUGAGAUUGGCUGCCAGCUGGGUUUAUAAACUGCAAAAUGUGAUUGGUUUCCUCUCGCCGUGUUGCUGGGGACAAGGGAGAGAAGGAAAAAUCCAAAAACACCAGAAAAACGAAAGGAAGGAUUUAAAACUGGGACAGACAUUUGCCUAAUUUUAUAAUAAACACUGUCUUUUCAGGAUUGCUUCAUUGAUUGGAGAACUUUCUAACCAAAAAUGUUUAAAAAAAAAAAAACCACAAAAACAAAAAAGGACUACUUACCAUUUCCAGCAGUCUCAAUGACAAGUUAAGGUGGGUUAUCAACUCAAACGUAGGAAUGGGAUUUCUUCUUUCUUUUUGAUCUAAAUAUCUUUUUUUUAAUUAUCAUUUAUUGGUCUGUUGUACAGGCCAUAAUGUCAUGCAAGGUGUUUAUAAUCUUAUCAAUUGUGUUGGGGGUUCCUUUCUUAACUGGUACAAUUUAGGCAGGCCUGUAUUACUGAUGUAUCUCUUUAUGAUUAUUAUUAUUAUUUUUAUAUAUAUAUAUAUAUAGAGUUCGGACACAUUUGUCUUUGCUCCUGGAUCAUUUUCAGUGAGCUCUCAUGCCACAUGGAGGAAAGAGAGGGAGCAUGUGAAUUGUGAAUGUUCUUUAAAGUUUCCUCCUCCUGUUUGUUGGAUUCUCUCAGAGAUGUUGGGGAAGGCUUUUGCCACUUCUGUGGAUGGCUAAAUGAACAUGCAGAGGGUAAUGUGCAAAGGCAGACCAUGCUUGUGAGGUGGGAGUUCUCCUUGGACAGCAGCCUGCUUUACACACUGGGGCCAAAUCUAGCUCUCAUUUGCACGUCUUUGGCACCUGUUGAUGCCAAGGGGGAAGGAUUUGGCCUGAAGGGUCUGACUUCAACACCUGUGCUGGUGGCUCUUAACUUCUCUUGCAUGGAAAUUGCCACUUUACAACUUUGGGAAUACUUCUGUUUAUUUUCUCAGGAGGCUGCUGUUAUUGGUGAUAACUCAUAUGCACCCAUUCAAUUGGUUUUCUGGCAUCAGAUUUCUAAAAGCUUCAUUGGCUCGUCUCUGAGAACAUUCUUUUCCUCUGGUGUCUCCAGUAUGAUUGUAUUGAAACCAUUUUCAUCUGAGACAAUUUUCUCCAGAAGGAAACUGGGUCAUGUGAAUAGAAGUAUUGUUUCAAUGCCAACACAGCCAUAAGAAAGCAGCCUUGGAUACCUGUUCCAUCCUAUACAGUUUGGAGUGUUCUUUGACACUGUCUGCUGCUCUGGAAAAAGGUGGUAAGGCAUCGUCAGGAAACUAGCCAACCUGCUGUGGGAGUCGGCGCCUGUCUUUCUGGUGAACCCUGACAUGUUGCGUGUAUCUUGCAAUAUUUCGUGUUGUUUCUGGGUGCUGCUGCUGCUAGCUAGAUCAUUUACAGCAGUAAACACUUCUACGAGAACGGAAAAUGUUUCCAAGCGAUGUAACAAUUGAUAUUUGCAAACAGCUGCUGACAAUGGAUGAGAUAGAGGUGGAGGAGACCAAGACAAACGAACUAUUCUGAACCAAAAUGACUAAACCAAGAAAAGGCUUGAUCACUGCAGUGUACUCUGGAGUUUCCUAUCCUUUUGAGAUAAAUUGGAAAAUAUCUUCAGGGAGGUGGAGCUGCCCAGAAUUUCUUUUCAUGAAAUACUGAGCAGCUGGGGGAGGAAGCAGUUCCAAAGCUCGUGUAGUUAUGUUCCAUUCCCCCCAAAACGUAAUUCUCCAGCCUUUCACUUCCUGAUAUCAGAAAGGCAGCAGUGUUAUUCUCAAUGCCUCCUUUGGGUGGUGACCCCAAUUUGCAGGCCUUGCAUUAAUGCUCACCUGCAGAAAUCCUGGUCUCUUCCCUCCAUGCCAUCAUGUUGUUUGCUCUUUGUUCAUCUCUGAAUCUCCAACUUCCUGUUUCACAAGCUAUUUAAAUACAACUAAUUCUUCCUAAAACUAUAAAAACUUGUGAACUGCAAGCAGGGAAAUGAGCAAAUGUCCGUCCACCGUCUUUAAUGUGUGUUUGAUUUUUUUUAAUGUUUUAUUUUUUUAAAACUAAGCUUGAACCAAAGUCAAUUUCUAGCAAGCUGCUGUACUAAUGGACUAGUUUGUAUAAGUGCAGUUCAGAUGCAGAGAGGUGAUAGAUGCUACUGACAAUUUCUUUUUCAUUUGUUUUUUUUUUUUAAUAUAAAAAUUGCUGCUUGUUUUAAUCUUUUUGGGGGAGGGGUUGGUCUUUUGUAUAUCCUGGGGCAGACAAACUCUUAACUUGAUUAUUAUCUAAUUUUCGUGGUUUGGCAUGUAAAUAGAAUGGCAAUGGCAGAUGGUAACUAAUCCAAUGGAUCUGCAUCCUCCUCAGCAGUUUGGCUCAAUUACUGUGGUCUGACUGUCUCCAUGACUUCAGUCUUAAUGUAAAAUUGGAGGGCUACAAAUAAUACUGUGUGUUAAGAUUUUAAGUGGCCCACAGCAACAGCUUGGAGCAGUUGAAUGUAUGAAAGAAUGACAGAGGAAAGACAGGUACCCACUAAGCUGGUCUAGAGGUCAUAGUGUUGACUAGUUUCUACCAAAGGAAGUAUGAAUCCCAUAGAAUUUUGUUUUUUGGUCUGUUGAAAUAAGAUCUAAAUAACUUUUAGUGUGUUGCACAUGUGUGUGUGUGCGCAUGCACGUACACACACUUUAAUAGUAGAGAGGGUGACUGUGAUGUCUGAACAUGGCAUUUCUUCAGCUAUGGAUUUCAGAUGUAAUGGAGGAGGCCCUUCUACAGCCAUGUACAGAAACAGAGAGAGCAUGGGACUUUAAAUUAUCAUUAAAUAUCUCUCCCAGGUUUAGAGAAGGUUUGAUUAGAGGUUCUUCUUCUCACCAUUUGUGGUUAGAGGAUGUGAUAAGUAGAUACUUGGAACACUAAUGCAGCUCAGAGAGUUGCUAUAAAAGUUUUACUAAUAUUUUGUGGUAUUCACAUAAUUUAUGUGUGAGCACCAUUUUCCUGUUAUCACCAUGUCAUGUCCAGAGAUGGUUACAGUAUCCUGGGAGGAUUUCAUAGCAAGUCUUUAGUUGUUGUUGUUGUUGUUGCUGACAGAAACUGGAAACUCAAAGAACCGCCAACUAGAAUUUUCUGAUCGAAUUGUAUUUAUCUUGUUCAACAUGUUCCAUUUCCCCUUGUUACUUAAACUUAAUGCAUUUGAUGCCCUCUCACAAGACUGAUUGAUUAUAGAUUCCUCCCAGCACUACAGAGAUGCCUGGACCUUUAGUGGCAGUCACUAGUUGUUGAUUUUGGCUAUAUAUUUUAGCUUUAUACAUUAAUAAAAAUAUGUACAUGCAAAAAUGGAUAUAUACAAAUUACUGCCUGUUCUAGAGAGUCAGAUAAUCAAUUUCUGUAAUAUAGUGAUAAUACUUAAGAAUGAAUUGCAGUGGCAGCAGAAAUUCAGAUCUGGGCAUUUGGAAAGUUUGCCCAAGACAAGAACGUGAGAAUUGGAGUGAAAUCUGUUCUAGCCAAUCUUUAUUGUUUGGACAGCAGCAGCAGCAGAAUGAACUUUCCAGAAGUAGUGGCAACUUUCUAGUAGUUACUACAAAGUGCAAUUCCUGUAAUCCAGAACACUGUAUGACACUUGGUGUGUGAUUAAAAAAAAGAAUGGAUUCUAAUGUCCAGGUCCUUAUCAGUUGAGCAAACUGUUCCAGUUUUCCAGAAUUCUGUAUAAAAAAAAUGUUGUGUUUUUGACUCUUUGUGAAUGGGUUCAACAGCCGUCCUAAUAAUUUCACAUGCUCUCUCAAAUCUAGCUUGACUGACUAGAGAAGUUUCGUUGCCUCUACCAUACUAGAUCAUAUUUAUUAAGGACUUAAGGGGAAAGGAGUAGGGUUGUCCUUGUAUCUGCUGUCUACACAGUUGCAGUUUACUUACAGAAAUGACACAUUGACUGUCAUGUAGGAUACAGAUUAUAUUCUGGUCAGUGGAAUAGUUUGCAUGAUUUCAGUGAAGCUGGAUUUCCAGAACCUGGAAAGAGGGCAUAUGCCCGGGGGCGGGGACUAGGAGCAUCCCCCCCCCCCCGCCCGGAAAGUAUAGAAACGGGACAUCAUGAGCAAACAAGUCUUUUGACAGAGAUGUUGAAAAAAUCAAAUUGGUUUGGAAUAUGUUGUGUGCAAUUUGGGCAGUGGGUAUAAUUUCUGUAGUAAGAGAAUUGUUCCUUCAGCUGAAUACAGGAACUGUUCAACUUGUACUUGUGGACAGAUCCAUGAAAUACAGAAUUCCAACAGACUUGCUAUUUCACACAUCUUUUCAGUCUGGCCAUGCACUGCCAAUUUUCACACUACAUAUUUCCACAAAUAAUCUUAUGUAAGUAAUGUCUGAACAAUCCCUUGGUUGCUAUAUUAGGGAAUAGGACAUAUGUGUUCCUUGGAUAAAUAUGUGCAAACUUACUGUGACUUCUUGAUUCCUUUGCAAGGCUCAUGCUUAGGAGGUGUUGCUAAAUGUAAAUUUUAUCUCUAUUGUUUGCCCACUUUGGGUAUGUAUAACAGUUAUUAAUAUCUGUAGCUACUUCACGGACACACAGCUAUGUCAGGACUGGGGACUAGUAGGCAGGCCAACAGUAUUGCAGGUUCACAGAGCUUCCAGGUAAUCUGUUGCAGCUCUGCUUGAGUGGGUUGCUCAGACUGAGGAGCCAGGCCAGAGAUAACAGUUAUAGAAGAUCAAGCAGGAUCCGAGUGGGUUCUCAAGCCUACAAACUGUUUCAUUGGCAUAAGGAGUAAGGUGUCUGGGCAUCCGGCAUAAAAUGGGGUCAACUAUAGAAGCACAUAAACUGAAAACAAACUAAUACUGGCAGGAUUGGUGCCCUUGGUUAUUGUUUCCAAUUGAUUUUUAUUUCAGAUAAUAUUUUUUUGUAGAAUUUAGAAAUCUGAGGGAGCAAUUCAGCACUAUUUUAUCAAGCUCAAAGGUUGCAUCAAAAGUUGUAUUUAAUUGCUGCCUAAGAUUUCUCAGUCCUGUGAAAAAAUAUUUUUCAAAUCAAAACUCAUUGGGUAUAGUAAACAAGAACACCAUUUCUGUCAGCUCUUCUUUGUAUUUUUCAGCAAGGUGGCUGGACUAUGCGGCCAAAGUCUAUGAUUUGAGACCUUUACCAUCUUAAACACUAGAUAGAAACUUCAAAACUGUUAUUCCAGAAUGAACUGCCAUCAGUCCUGUUUUUAAGAUUGCUUGGUUUUAUGUGGCAAUUUUGAGGAAUUCACAGGAGUCCUUCCACUUCAAAAAAGAGAAGAAAAAAUUCUCUUCAAAGUAACAUUACAUCAUUACACUGAUAACAAGAAAUAAAUGUAGAUGUUAAAAUAACUUCUACCUUGAACGUAAACAGACUUACGUUAGUCAAAAGUUGGAUUUACUGGUUUCCCAUGGAACUUGCUUCCAAGUAACUGUGCCAAGAAUGUGUAUCAGCUUGUUUUGAAGAUCUUGAGACUUAAGACCUAGAGACAUAUCUGAAUAGCAUGUUCCAGAAGAGAGAAGACAGUACUGACGUAUGUAGUGUCAUUAAUUCGUGACAUGUAGAAUGCCAUUGCAGUUAGUUUUAAUGUAGGACAACAAUGAGGGAUUAUAGUCUUCAAGCAAAGAGUGGAUUUAACAGACCUUAAUGGGUUUUGCCAUUUUCCCCUUAACACAUACACAGGCAUCCAUGCAUGGUGGUCAUUUCCUGACAUCACACUUCCAGUGUAUUAACCAUAAUUAAGAAAGUGAGUUGUAUGGUCCUCUGGUUUGAAUUACUCAAGUUGAGGGAAGUGCCAGCAUAAUUAGCCUUUUUACUCAUGUACAAGGCUGACAGGGAAAUGUGCCAGAGAAGGGAGAAGAGUGCAAUUCUACAGACGGUUUCUAAUCCCUUGACCAUUGCUUAGGGGACUUGGGAAUGUGUGCACCAGCUCACAAAUCUUGUUUUAUAAUGGCAUGGCAUCUGUGUGGGUUAUCAGGAUGAGCAUGUGUAUAUGGUAGAAGACAACAUGCCUAGGAAAAGACCAUUGAAUUUGGUGUAAAUGGAGGGGUUGCUUCAGAUAUUGCAGAAAUGUUAAUAUGACCUACUGUGGAAAUGCCGACAUCCAUUUAUUUGCUGCAUAUGAAGCAGUACUGAUAGUUGAAUCCACACUGUUCGUUGGUUUGUUUUUUAGCUUUUAUGCUUCAGUUGCCAAGCAAAAGAAAUUUCUGCCUAAAAUGGGUAGAUUCAUAAAGGUUCAAAGCUUAUUUUAGGGUCUGUCCAAGGACUGAAUGAUUAAUUGAACUGUCUAGUAGACUUGAUGUAGUAGACUUGACGUCGUAAAAAUGCUUACAUGAUUGAGGUCAUAAGAAAGAACCCAGGAAGAUACAUUGUUGAAUUUCUGAUGCUGGAAACCAAGCCUAAGAGUACAUUGUUGCCUUAUCCUCCUUAUCUUCCCUAUUUCACUUGUUUAUUAUAUGGGGAAAGGUUAGUUGAUGAUAUAGUAAUAUAAUUCUUUAACUAGGUUCUAAAUUGUCUUUCUAACUACUCUGGGAGGAAAAACCCUGGAAAAAUGUACACUGCCCAUUUUUAAGCUAUAGCCUGUAUUUCAGUCACUACUACAUUGAUUGGCAAAAAGAUUGCUACCAAAUAUCCUUAAUAUUGAACUUCUGUGUGCUCUUAGAAAUGUUUCCUGAUUUUCAGUGGAAAAUAUUCUUUAGAUUUAUUUCAGUGAGUGAAUGUUGGGCUGCACACCAGCCUAAGCAAAGGCUGACUCUGAUGCAGUGGGCUGCAUUUGGCACAUGAUGGGGUGUGGGUAAGGUGUCUCAUGAUUUUUGUGUGAGAAAUUGCUUAGCAGGAUCCAGUAGGAAUUUAGCAGCGCUUUCACUUUGACUCUAUUUAUUAGACCACAUUUAACAAUUUAAAAAUCUUGUCAGCACCAAAUAUUACAUUGAAGGGAGGAGAAUUAGGGAGCAGAAAGCACAGAUUAAUUCUCACCUCUAAGUGUUGGGUCUCUGUGACAAUAUCACUGGAGUCUUUUCAUGCACCCUUCCCCCAGUAUAAAUGUGAUGUGUCCAGUGUGGAGCAAUGUGACCCUCACAUCAGUGCAGAGCCACUUUAUUUUACAUCCCUGUGAUGGUCAAUUUGUUAGCAUUUGGUGAAAUGAAAGCUUUUUAUCUGGCCCUCUUGCUUUUGAAUCGCAUUAAGUGUAGCAGCUAUAUUUACCAUACAAAUUAUUUCAUUAACCGCACAGAUUACUCAGUAUUUGCAAAGCAAAACUGUUAAAGUCCCUGUUAGUAACUGUAGUUUUUAAGAACGCCAUAGUAGCUUGGAUUUGUCAUAUAAUGGAAAUGCAAGUUGGGCAAAUGCAUCUUUUCAGAAGAUUUCUGCUGUGGAUGAAUUUAAAGAAUUACCAUGAAAGAAUAUUCCAUACAGAAAUAAGGUCUCUCUCUCUCUCUCUCUCUCUCUCUCUCUCUCUCUCUCUCUCUCUCUCUCUCUCUCUCUCCAGCCUUGUUUGACUUGAACAACUAAUCUUUGAUCACUUACAUUAGGAGUAUGUUUGUGCUCAGUCUGUAUGUGCCUGCAUACACACUUUAAAAUAUUAAUUCCAAAAGGGUUCUAGAGGUUCAUAAAUGUAUAUAAAUGGUUAUAAAUGAAACACUACCAAAGGAGAAACUGGCUAUCAUGGUUAUUCAUCCCUAACCAAACUUCUCAGGACUUGUUAGCCAAUUUUUACAAAGUUACAUUCUAAUGUUUAAAGCAAUACGCUCUUUGAGAUACUCACCUGCAUAGUUCCAGUUUCAUGGAGUGAAUGAGCCAAAUAGAACUUGUCAGUAGAGAACUUUCUCUUGGCUUAAAUGGUGGGAGUUGGAUCAGAUCCCUGAGUGUCUUGAAUGAACUUAUCAGCAGAGUCCAUGUCCUGCAUUGACAGUUUAUAUGAAGAUUGCUCCUGGAGCUAGUGCCAAUUCAUGCCUCCACCUACACUCAUCUCAUCCUACUUUGCUGUGGAUUAUGGGAUAGCUGGUUUGUAAAACAUUCACUGUUGUUGUUUUUCCCUCUCCUUCCCCUCUUGUUUUUUGUAUGUGUCUCUCAGAAUUUGACCGAUAACAUAAAUUUAAUCAAAAGCCAUUUUGCAUCUAAAGGUUGUUCCAUCCCUACUUUCUGUAUUGGUUUACAAAAGUUCGCAGUGUAAUGCUAAAGGAAUACUGUGUGCUCUACUGGAGAAAAACAUUGAAAUCAGUUGCUAGAGAGAAUUUAGAUUUAGCACUGAUGAGUUUCCCAGUCUCUACCCAUCACAAGUGAACCUUUAAUUGGGUUGCACAAUUUUUAGCCUCACUGUCAACAAAUUCUUCCCCCAUAGAAUAGUGUACACCAGGAUAUGAGAGCUGCUUUCACAAAUUCCAAUUUUACAACACGGAGAUAAUCUCAAUUCAGGAAACUACAUGUACCCAAAUGUGCAGUGCAAAUGUAUUCGUGCUACAAGUACAGACUGGUCUGCUGGAACAUGCACAGAGGUUAUCUGUGAAGGCAAAUUGCAGUGUGUGAAGUGACCCUUAAAUCAUAAUAAAAGUACAGUUAUUUUAUUCUUGAGAGAAGGUUAUACUGGCAUUGCUUUACUGAUAAGUUUCUUCUCAUGAUGUGUUCUAAUCUUCAUUCAGACAUGUGGCAUACACAUUGCUAGGUCCAAUAGUUAUAAGAAACAAUAAUUUUUGACCCUGAGGAGCCCCGUUUGAUCCCUUCUCAUGUGCUCUCCUAUAAGGUAACACCACAGAGUUGUGGGAACGAUGCUUUUUGGUAGCAGCUGAAUUUCUGGCACCUUUUUAAAAUACCUCAGCAUAGCUUUAGUAUUGUUUUGCAGAACUGAAAAUCUGGAGAGAGAAACUUUAUAAAUAGCAGAGAUAAUUCUAGCUGUAGAGUUUAGUUGAGCUGUUUUCAUUGAAAACCCUGAUUAUGCUUUAUGUAUUUACAACUCUGUUCAGAUUACAACUUUAUAGGUUUUGAUGUGGAUGAGGGGAGGGAAGUGAAGAGAGUUGGCUGUGCUAGAAGGCAAAUGUUACUCACAACCUUCCCCCCCCCCCCCUUUACUCGUCUCUGUCUUGCCAAAGGAAGCAACCUAUUAUUCCUCAGUUUGGGAUUAUUCAACUGUCUUGUCUGGUUUCAGCGUCAGCACACUACAUAAUACCCUGCAGGCUACAGAUUUGGGUUGCUGUAUUAUGUUGGCAGUCCUCCUAGGUGUCCAUGAGCUCUGCCUCCCUGUUCCCUGCUGAUGCAUAAGGGCUUGGUAGGCUGUAAAUGUUGAGCAACAGUUGUGUGCUUGGAGAUGUGCACAGGAGGAGAUAAAUUAGCAAUCUGAGUCAGCCCAUGUAGUUGCACUAGGACUGCAGUUGAGCUGAGACCUUGCCUUUUGGAGAGGGAGGAGGAUAUUUGCAUCUUAAUAAAACUGGGAGAACAAGGUGAAACAGGUUCUUUUUCUUUCUGCUUGUCUUAUAACUGAAUGUAGUGCUUGCUAAUAGGUGGAAAAUCUUUUUAAAAUAUUUCCUUUUUCUACUAGCAAUGCUAAUCCUUUAGACCAAAAAUUACAGAAGAGAAACCAAACUGAAACCUAACCUGCUCCUAGCACCUGAAUAUAGUGUAUGUGAAAAGACAUGAAGAUAUUGUGAAACAGUCUUCAGGAAAAAAGAGGAUAUUUUGUUGGAUGAUUUUUUUUUUAAUUUAGUUUUUAUUUUAUUUUAUUUUAUUUUGAGGGAGGGUCAUUUUUCUCUCAGGGCGCACAGUUUGGAUUUGGAAUGGAAUUCUUGGGAGACAGUCUCAGCUGCUUCCAUCCCUACUUUAAAGCAUCCUUUAAAGUCCUGAGUCUACAGAGAAAUAUAGAAGGUAGGGGUGUGUGUGUGGGUGUGUGUGUGCGCGCGUGCGUGUGUGUGCACGCGCAUAUUUCUGAAAAAAUAAUAUUGGAGCUUUAGUGUGAGGGGAGAAUUCCAAUGGCUUUGAUGGGAACCAAAGGCACUGAUAAAUCUAGGUCAGCUUGCUGUUUUCAGAAUAUCCUAAGAGGAAAACCUGGGCCUUCAUAGAGUUUUGGAUUUGGUUGCUCUUUGCUUUGUGGAUCUUGUCUCAUGCUGGUUUUCCUGCCUCUUUGUGCACAGGGUUGGUUUGGGUACUUGUUUUGACUGAGGACAUAUUGAAGGCAAGGACCACUCAGUGCAACAUCUUAGAUCACAGGCUAAUGCUUGGAAAUGGGGAAAAUCUAAUUCCAUUCUUAAACAUAAAAACUGUGCUGUCCUCUGUUUCAAAUCUGUUCAAAUAUCCUGUGCAGUGUCUUUCUCUUCUCGUGGUUGGAAACCCGGGAGAGGUCUUUCUUUACUCCCCAGAAUAGCCUUGGGCAUUGUCACAUAGCAUGCUGUUGGCUUGAGGUGAAUUGUAUCAGUCAAGUCUGAUGUGCUCAUGUGAAAAAAGGGAGAGGGUAAAUAUAUAUUAGUUGUCCUGCUUCUCUUCCUCUGGAAAUCAGCUGGGUUGCAGAACUUCAUGAAAGCUUUACUAAUAGACUUGUUGUUCUGACAUUAUGUAAAGUGGUAUUAAUAUUGUGUGACUUUUCUAAGAGCUAGAUAGAUUUAUAGGUAGGUAAUAGGGAAAUGGAAAAUGACUUCUCAAAGAUAAGAGCACUUGGAACAAAAGAUAUGGAAAAACAAGGUGUGCUUUUAAAGAAAACAAAUCUGAGGAAGGAAAUGAAACAACCAGUCAGGCGGUGGUAUCAUAGAAGAAAGAUCCUGAGUGCUCUGAGGGGAGCUGGAAUGCCGCUGCCUCUUUUCUGCCUUAUUUCUCAUUCUCACCUUGCUCAGGCCAAAAAAUUGAUACAACAAUCUGCUGUGGACUCUUCCUCCAGACAUUUAUAGACUCUGAUGCAGCACCACAUUCUUUAUUCCCUCCAAAAAUUAUCCUAACUUUUACUGUAUAGAGCCUACCAAAAUAAGAGCCUUCCCAAAGAAUUUCUAGCAGAAAUUUAUUUAACCCACCAGAAGACUUAGAGUGUAUAUGGUGAAUAUUGCUGAUAAGCGUACAACAGGAAUCUUGAUUAAUAUUGAAGAGUACAAAUCUAUAUGCAGAAUUAAGAUUGUCAUAAAGCAAGCAAAACCAACCUUCCCGUGGCCUUUGGGAAAAGGCAGUUUGGAAGGGUGGAAUCCCAUCCGUUGUUGCAUGUAAUCCAUGUUAGCAUAUUGACAUUUGUGGUCCAGUUUCUGUAUGUGAAUUGAAGAGAGAAACCACAGCAGAUAGCAGUUUUCUGAUGCAUAGGUCAGUUCAGGUCCUUUGAAGCUCCAUGGAGCAAGAUAUGGGUCUUUCUUUAAAAUCCAGGAGGUUAAAGGUUGGGUUCAAACCCAUUUGAGAGCACUAUGGGACUCCAGCUUGAUUGUCCAUGCAGUUUCACCACUCCCCUGGGCCCACCAUGUUGCUGUUCCAUUUCCUUCUUCUGUGGUAGUAUCUAAGGCUAGGUGUGAGUAGGUGUCGGGUAUUUAUCCGCCACAGGUACGGGAGCUGUCGUAUACCUCAUUUCUGACUCAUAACUGAGUAACUUGCUUUAACUUUCUCUAAACCCUACAGAGUUGCCAAGUCUGCCCUCCCUCCCUUAACUAACGUUGAUCUCUGGCUUAUAGCAUCCCGUGACCUGCAACCGGGGGAGAGACCUCCUAAAGCCUCUGAAUGUCGCUGCUUAAAAGCUACUGCAAACUGAGGGCAAAUUGCAAUCUUAUAUUUCUUUUGGUUACCAGGGGUCCUCUCAUAGUCUGUGAAUAUCCAUCUCUACCCCCAGUCUGUGCAUGAAACGUAUAUGCUGCCUUUCCCCUUCCCCUGGUGAGAUGUCAGGGCUAUAAAGUACUCCAGGGUCAAAGCAGGACCCUGAGGGCUCCUCUCAGCCCAGUGCUGCAUGCAUGUUGCUCACUACUUCAUUUUGUUAAUUUCCUCCUUUUAUUAUUUGACAAUCUUGUUCCUCCUCCCUCUAGGCUAACCAGAAGCUGCAUCCCUGGUCCUUCCACCUUUUUACUUUGAAUGUAGUUUCCCCACCCCUUCGGAAAGAGAAGCUUUGCUAGGUCACGGCGCACUGCUAUAUGCUGAGGGGGGCGGUUUCUUUGUUUUGUUUUGGAUUGUUAUUUUAAAAUUUCCAGCCAAAACCAAAGAUUUCCUAAUGAUUGUAUAAACUCAAAACAAACAAACAAACCAAAGACAAAGGGGCGUCUUCAGCAUCAGUCAUAUCUGGGAGAUCAGCCAUUGUGGUCAUAAAGGAAGUGAAUCCCAGCUGGGUUUCUGCCUCCUGACUCUUUAUGACUUGGUCCACAAAAACAUGUAUUCAGCCAACAAGAUAAUUUCCAUCCCACUCUGUGCUAACUUGUUUGGGACACUAAGUUAUUUUGAGCUCCACAAAUCCAGAGGAUGAGAAAGUGAUUGGGACUCCACAGAUUGAUUGUGAAGCUGAAGACAUUGGUGCAUGAUUGGCUGCUCUGAUGGGUGCUUUUAACCCUUUGGGAGCUGGGUGAUAUUGAUUAAUACACGCUGAGGUGCACUUCUGAGCUUUCACCCCCACCCCCACCGCUGCUUGGAUGAGGCUGUCCUGUUGUGAUAAAUCUCUGAAAAAAUGUUUUGUUUCUCCUCUUUUUUCUCUUUUUUGUGUUUUAAUUAUUUUUGCAGCACCACUGUGCAACUAUGCAUUGUAUUUCUCAACCUUUUGUGCUAGGUAGAUGCCUAUGACUUUUUAAACUUUGGGGGAGGGGGGUUGCCAAUGAAGGAACUUUUUACAUGGAACUUUUAAAUCUCAGUUGAUUAGGGGGUGUUUGGUUCUAGGGUCAUACAAGCUCUAUCCCAAAGCAAAAUCCAAAUGUUAAUAAUAUUAGCCUGAUGCAGAUACCAAAGAUAAUUUCUUUCCUGCAGAACCUUAGACUUGUGUAUUAAGUACGAUUACCCAGCACUUGCAUUAGUCUAACCUCAGUAAUUCCAAAGCUUAGAUGUAUAUUUUGGUAUAUUUCUGGGAUAUUAAAAAAAUGUCGUUUAAAUUCUUGUUUGUUUCAGUGUAAUGCUCUUAAAGUCAUAGCAUGGAGAUAACUGAAUUGUCUUAUUCUUAGUAGUUUGAAAUAAUAGUAUUUUUGUAUGUUUUGGGUGUGUCUAUGUAUGUAUUAACACAACAGUUUUCACUGCCUAGAUGUUCAUAAUUGAGAAAAAGUGUACAUAAUCUGUAAUUUCCACCAGAUUGUUGAUUUAGAAAGCAUUUUCUCUGAUUGCCAUUCCCAACAGGGAGAUCUUUAUUUUUAAAGAGACAGCACCCUCAUAGGGGUGGAAUUGUACUUUUGCCCUCCCUCAAAGGUUUGGUUCCCAGAAAACUUCGUUCAUUUCCAAAGGUGAGAUCAGAAACAAUUUUCUAGAAGAACACAUGUAUGUUCUUAAGUUAUAUAUUUGUGCUCUUGUAUUUAAAAAAGAUAUGUAUCUUGCCAGCCAAGGAAUGAUUGGGAGAAAUUGAUUAGUAAGCUCUUAAAUUCCUUUCUCUGAUAAAUAAAUUGAGAUCUGGAUGUUGAUUGUAGAGCUUCAUUGUCUUCAGCCAUCAAGCUAGCUGCUUUCAUGCUCAGAACUUCUAUGAUCAUUAGUGCAGCUUAGUUUAUCUCAUUGUGAUCCAUAUAUUCAGAAAUGCAUUUUUGCUUAACUUUGAAUCUGAGAACUGUAAGCUUCUGCUUUGAAACUUGGUGCAUCUCCAAAAUGGAGAUGAAAAUGAUGCUGUCUCUUUAAAGAUAUCUUCUAUUUUUUCCCCUAGUGGCUGCCUGCAGGUGGCUGUGGGCAUUGAGGGAUUAUGUAGAUUACAGUGAAUCAGGAUGAAAUGGUAGAUUUUGUGUAGAUGCAUUUGUCUGCUGUAAUUUUUAUAUAUAUAAAACUUACUGUAACUGUACAGUUCAUUUCUGUUGUAAACAUCAUUAAACCAUUUUUCCAAGUGUUUUAACAUGCA